GACUCGGUUUCCCUGCGGCCCUGGUUGGCUCUCUGGUCAUUGGCUGAGCGGGGCGGAUCUGGUCCUGCUCUUCCCCGCCCCCAGUGACACAAUAGCAGCUCCCUCCAAGAUGGCGGCGGCGACGGCGGACCCGGGAGCUGGGAGCCCUCAGGUUGGAGACUCCUCCGGCGGGGCCGCUGGGUGCGGGCUGCCGUCCCCAGGAGAGCAGGAACUGAGCCGGCGCUUGCAGCGCCUGUAUCCCGCUGUCAACCAGCACGAGACGCCGCUGCCGCGCUCCUGGAGCCCCAAGGACAAGUACAACUACAUCGGCCUCUCCCAGGGCAACCUCCGCGUCCACUAUAAAGGUCAUGGCAAAAAUCACAAAGAUGCGGCGUCAGUGCGUGCCACCCACCCCAUACCUGCUGCCUGUGGCAUUUAUUACUUUGAGGUGAAGAUUGUCAGCAAAGGAAGAGAUGGGUACAUGGGAAUAGGACUCUCAGCUCAAGGCGUCAACAUGAACAGACUUCCUGGUUGGGAUAAGCAUUCCUAUGGUUACCAUGGUGAUGAUGGGCAUUCCUUCUGCUCCUCGGGGACUGGCCAACCCUACGGUCCCACAUUCACUACAGGAGACGUGAUUGGCUGCUGUGUCAACCUCAUCAACGGCACUUGCUUCUAUACCAAGAAUGGCCAUAGCCUUGGUAUAGCCUUCACAGACCUCCCGGCCAACCUCUACCCCACCGUAGGCCUGCAGACACCUGGGGAGAUUGUGGACGCCAACUUUGGGCAGCAGCCCUUCCUGUUUGACAUUGAGGACUACAUGCGGGAGUGGCGUGCCAAGGUCCAGGGCACUGUCCACUGCUUCCCCAUCAGUGCCCGGCUUGGCGAGUGGCAGGCGGUGCUGCAGAACAUGGUCUCAUCUUACCUGGUGCAUCAUGGGUACUGUGCCACGGCCACGGCUUUUGCCCGAAUGACUGAAACCCCGAUUCAGGAAGAACAAGCAUCCAUAAAGAACAGACAAAAGAUUCAGAAGCUGGUGCUGGAGGGCCGAGUUGGGGAGGCCAUUGAGACCACACAGCGUUUCUACCCAGGGCUGCUGGAGCAUAAUCCCAACCUGCUCUUCAUGCUCAAGUGCCGCCAGUUUGUGGAGAUGGUGAACGGGACUGACAGUGAGGUCCGCAGCUUGAGCUCUCGAAGCCCCAAGUCCCAGGACAGCUACCCUGGCUCCCCCAGCCUCAGCCCCCGACACGGCCCCACUAGUUCCCACACGCACAAUACAGGAGCAGACAGUCCCAGCUGCAGCAACGGCGUCGCCUCCGCCAAGAGCAAACCGAACCACAGUAAAUACCCUGCACCCAGCUCCUCCUCGUCCUCAUCGUCCUCAUCAUCCUCCUCAUCUCCCUCCUCAGUGAAUUACUCUGAGUCCAACUCUACAGAUUCCACCAAGUCCCAGCCCCACAGCAGUACCAGUAACCAGGAGACCAGCGACAGUGAGAUGGAGAUGGAGGCGGAGCAUUACCCCAACGGUGUGCUGGAGAGCAUGUCCACACGCAUCGUCAAUGGUGCCUACAAGCAUGAGGACCUGCAGACGGAUGAGUCCAGCAUGGAUGAUGGGCAUCCGCGGCGGCAGCUCUGCGGGGGCAAUCAGGCGGCCACGGAAAGAAUUAUCCUGUUCGGCCGCGAGUUGCAGGCACUGAGUGAGCAGCUGGGCCGGGAGUAUGGCAAGAAUUUGGCCCACACGGAGAUGUUGCAGGAUGCCUUUAGCCUGCUUGCCUACUCAGACCCCUGGAGCUGCCCAGUUGGCCAGCAGCUUGACCCCAUCCAGAGGGAGCCUGUGUGUGCCGCCCUCAACAGCGCCAUUUUAGAGUCUCAGAACCUGCCAAAACAGCCCCCGCUGAUGCUCGCCCUGGGCCAGGCAUCUGAAUGUCUACGGCUCAUGGCCCGAGCGGGCCUGGGAUCUUGCUCUUUUGCCAGAGUCGACGACUACUUGCACUAGCUGACCACACUGGCUGGCCCCGCCUGGCCCUCCCUUGGCCCCAGGGCUGGAGCAGCCCUGCUCUCCAUCGGCACCUGGUGCAGGGACCCAGAAGCCACGGGCAGAGCCCACUCCUCCUGCCUGGCCUCCUCUGUUCCUUUCCUCCCUUCCUUCCUUUCUUUUUCUCCCACCUUCAGUCUCUCUCUCUCUCCCUCCUUCACGUGCAGCGGCCUAUGACACAGAAUUGGCUGGUUACUCUUCAUGUAGCGCCUUCUAUUUUGAAAGAGGGGGGUUGUUUUGAGGAGAGGUUGGGGUUUUUUAAUCUUUUUCUUUUUUCCCCUCCUCCUGACUGAGCCACCAGUAUUUAUCUCUGGAGAGUUUGUGCUGAGCUGGUUUCUGCUAAUUUAGUCAUGAAGCCUAUCCACGUUGGUGAUAGCUUAUUAUUUUCAUAAGUAAAAAAAAUGAGAUUAUAUAUAUAAAUAUAUAUAUUAAAAAAAGACACAGUAUUUAUCGUAGUGUUAGUGGUCCAGCACCUCUUGGGUGAGGCUGUCCAGACACCAUGUUUUUAUUUGAGUACAACUCAUCAAAAAAGAAUCAUCUCUGUCACCUCAGCCAAGGGAUUUCUUUAUUUCAGGCUUCCCCUUUGUUGAACCACAGGCCCAGCUGCAGCCUAGGGAGGCCCAGUAGGCUUUGGGAGCCUCAUAGUGGGCAGGAUAGGCUAAGCUGGUUUGCAGCAUCCGAGAGAUGUGGGUGCCUAGGCCUCUGAGAGUUGAACUGAGCAGAGAACUUCAGGGCCAAGGGGCCAGAGAAGAGAUGACUUGGCCCAGGGCUAACAGCAAAACAAGGGAGAGGGUCCUCGGCCAGCACGCUGUCCCCCAUCCUACCCUGUCUCUCACUGCCUGCCUUGACUGACUCUCUCUCUUCCCUUUUCAACAUCCCACCUUUCCUUGUUGUUAAGAUGGCCAAAUACUUCAUUUCCUCUAAACUGAUUGCCUGGGAACUACCUGCCUUCAACCUGAGAGCUACUGUGUGUCAAGCUGCGGGGAGGGAGUCUCCUACCAGGACAGAGGCCCCUGGGCACAGGGGCUGCCUUCUUCCUGCCUGGGUCUUCACCGUCUCUGCACAGCUGAGAUGGAAUCAACACUUCUGUUGAGAAGCCAGGACCUUGUGGAGGCAGAUUUAUGGACUGCCAGUCGCCAGAGUGGAUGGAACCUUUGACCCCCCAGGCCAAGCCUCACUGUAGCUGUGCCAGGCAGCUCCCUGCAGUUUGGCCCCAGUCAGUCUUAGGAAAGACUGUUAAGAGUAUUCGCUGGCCAGAGGAAGGGACCUCAUGGGCUUGACAGAUGUCCCACUGUCCAUGUCCGACGGAUCCUCACAGCUAGUGGGUCAGAAACCGUCUUAGUACUGCCAUCAGGGAAUCAGGAGAGGAAGGGCUAAGAUGGCGGCCAGGACUUGAGCAGGCUGUCUGUGGAGAGGACUGACCGCCCACGGGAAGGAAAGGGAGGUGCCCUCCCAGAGGAGCAGGAGGGGCCAGGAUUUCCCUAUUUGCUUCACAAUGGGAGGGAAUGUACAGAUGGCCCCUGCUAAGGGGCAAGUUCAGAAGUCAAACUUCCAGUCCCUGCCUGGAUCUGGGCUCUCCACCAGUGCAUACUGGAAUGGUUGGAAUGGCCUGAGGUGCCCACUGAGACUUGCUGGACCUACAGCUGGACAAGAGAAAUAAUUGAGUUGGACUAAGUGCUGGUGAUGGGGUCAGGGCCCUUGGCCCUGUGCUCCCCCAGAAGUCUGUCCUGGGACACAAUCCUGAAGGUUGCUGCUUUUUCUUGGUCCCCACUGGGGCCCCAGCUGGCAGCCCAGAGACCACGAACCAUCAGGAAGGUGGUGUCCUGUCUGUGAAGGAGAUUCAUCCUCUGCAAACCUGGGAAUGCCCAGCUCUCAAACCAAGGGGUUGGAAAAAUCAGGCUGUUAAAAUGGUCGGAAGCACUCAGGACUGCGAAUUACAAACCAGAGGCUUUUACAAUUGGAAUGAAGUUCAGAGACCAUCUACUCCACCAAUCCUCUCCUCUUAUAGCUAAGGAAACAGGCCCAGGAGAUUAAGUGACUCAAUAUAUGCGGGCAGAACUGGGACUAAGCUCAUCCCUGUGGCUUGGACACUGUUUAGGCCUAAAGCUGAAUGGCAGGCGAAGGAUUACGCUGGUGAGGCCUCCAGCAAUGUCUGAGCAGCUGGUACCUUCAGGGGUGUGUCAGGGGUGGGGAUGGGCUUGGGUUGUGGAGCGGCGGAGAGGGCCCCGGAGGGCUCAGGACAGCUGUGUGCUGCUCGGGGUUGGGUGUCCGCCUGGCUCAACACUCAGUGCCCACGGCCACCUCCCCAUUUUCUGUGCCUUAUCUCACUGUUUCAGCUGAGUCCAAGUUGUUUACUCUGUUCCUCUCCAGAGGGGCACUGAGUCCCAGUUGGACAGAACACCUUCGGGACAUUAGCCUUUGCCCCACAAGCUGUGGAGAGGACCAAAAUUAAGCUGCUUGAGCCCACUGUCUUGCUGAUAGUCCAGGCCUGCCUGCCAACCAGCGGAGCCCCUGCUGCACACCCAGUCCUACCAGCCUACUUCCAGGAGCCGAGAGUGGGGAAGGUACCUGGGAGGAGUCCUGGUGAAGAGCUGGACUUCAGCCAAGGAGGCAGGAGGAAGACCUGGCUCUGUUGGGUCGUUCAACCCUGGGGGAGCAGCCUUUCCCUCUUACCUUUUCCUGUUGUUCCACCAAAUGGUCGCUCUCUUCCAGAGCAGAAACUGACGGAUACGCAACGAUAGCCAGAACCCCUGUUCCUCACCCACCUAGGUUUGUGGCUGGACGUGGGCUGGCAGAACAGGGACAUCAAGAGAUGGAGAAGGGGGACUUCCCAGCCUCCCAGCAUCUUCCUAGCCCGUAAGCAAGCACAAAGAUGAGGCAGAGAUCUGUCAGAGCUGAAAGUUCCUUUGGUUGCUCACAACUCAGGUAUGCACACCGUGUGGCAGCUGGACAGCAGAGCCCUACUUGACCGCAAGUCCCGUGCACCCAGACCUGUGGCCAGAUCGUGCUCUGGCUGCCUCAGGCACUGCCUCUUUGCAUAGGGUUCUCCUCCAUUAGAAACUACAGCCGACUCAGACGUCCUCCACAUUGUGCACACUGGUUCUGCCUUUGUCCUCGCAAGUUGAUACUUGGCAUUAGCAUGAAACUUGUGGGUGUGGGAGGGUUUAGAGAGAAUUCUAACACAAAACAUCCUAUUAAAUUGUACUUGAGAGAUGAAAAAACUCCUGUUGUAUUUUGACAGAAUUAUUUUUAUUAAAAUACACAUCCAUGAACAG